UUGGGCGACAUUCCGAUAUUAUCGCAAUAUUUGUACUCAUGAUUAUCGUAUGGAAGGUAGCAACAUGAGCGAGGAAAUACCGUAAUUCAAUGACUAUGGUCAAUGACUAGCGUGAUAUUGUUUCGUAUGUGUACAUAGCUUUUUUUAAGUUUAUAUAUACCAUAAACAUGAUAUGAUUUUUAAGUACCGCCUAACUCUACUGUGUGACUUCGUGUUGUGUGUGACUGUUCAGUUCGUGUUAACACGUGGGGGGCAUGUAGUAAAACACUGACUACCGGAACACCACCGGAACACCACCAUUUUGUUUGAGGUUAUGGUUAGGGUUAGGGUUGGGGGUUAGGGUUGGGGUUAGGCGGUGUUCCGGUAGUCAGUGUUUUACUACAUGCCCACGUGGGUACGCGCGUUUAAACGCGUGUUUUGCAUCACGAGUAUCUCAUUCACAUUCACUUGUAUGUCAAAACAUUAAAAAGUUGUGACAUUGAUUGCUAUACUGGUGACCCUGGCGGUUUACGAAACGGAAAGUUGCAACAACGCCUGUAGCAAGCCUAGCUAUUGGACUGCCUACGACCUUACCUGUACAAAUCUGAUAGCGUAAUUUAUCUCUACAGACACCGAUUUCCUUUCUCUCUCAAUCUUCAACUGUCGAUCGUCCUGGCCACGCCAGGCAAAUCUGCGAUUUUCUACUUUCCUGAAAAAAUAGAAGUUGAUCGAAUAUGAAUGCAUACCUCCGCCAGUGAAUUAAUUCAUGUAUAAAGCAUAACUUCUGGAUUUGAAAUAACGGCCGAUCAACGGACAUGGUGCAGUGAGAAAUGAUUAUUGAUCGAACAAAUCCUUGGUACCAGUCAUGUUGUCUAGUCAGUUCGCGUGCUUUAAAAGGAAAUUAAAUUUUCCGUAAUUUCAUAUGAAAUAUAGAAUUUAUUCAAAAUUAAAUUUUGUUACAAAAGCUCGUACUGGACAUUUAUGUUUCCAAGAAAGGAGAGUAUGAAAUUAGAUUCUAGACUAUAAGACAGCGAAUAGGGAAGCCCUCCAGAAGUAAAAGGAGGCUAAGCCAUUCCAAAAUCCAAUCAGAGCAAGAGAGUAGGCAGAUAGGCAGAACAUUGGAACUUACAGAUAAACAUGCUGCCUCCAUGCAUGGAGAAUGAAUCUAUAUCAGCAGUCAGAUAUAACAAAAAUCAGCAGACAACACGGAGGGACACACCAUUAAGUCAUAAAGAAACCACCCAAGAUCGAGAUUCUAAGAAAACAUGCAAAAACUGUGGGGGCGCAUACCCACAUAGCGGGUCCUGCCCAGCUCAAGGUAAGACCUGCAAUUAUUGCAAGAAACUAAAUCACUUUAAGAGAGUCUGCAUGAAACUUAAGAAAAAAGAACCUAUUAACACAGUUUAGGAACGAGCCCCAGCAAAUGAUUCGAGAGUGUCUGACUCAUCUAGCGAAGAUGAGUACUGUUAUGGCGCGCGCUUUGACGAAGACGUCAUAAAAUUUGUAAAUGAAAAAACGCCUAAAACGUCAGUGAAAUUAAACAAUGUCAAGUGCCAGAUGACAAUUGAUACAGGGGCUUCAGUCAACAUUAUAGACGAAACUACUUACAAGUGGUUAAGUCAGCCUACUUUAAAGAAAAAACAAUUGACAAAAUGUUUAUACCCUUAUGGUAGUGGUCAACCAUUAAGGGUGAUAGGACGAUGUGACUUACUUGUUGAAACAAGCAAGAAAAUCCAAAGUCAUGAAUUCUAUAUCGUCCCAGGUGAUCAUGGAUCACUGCUGGGAUACCCCACUUCUAUUGAACUAGAUCUCAUUGCGGUCCUUAACAACAUUACCGACUCCCACCUUAAGAAUGAGAAUCUCUUCAAAGGAAUAGGGAAACUAAGAGACACUACGGUAAAGCUGCAUAUUCACGAAACUGUCAAACCGGUGGCGCAAAAACAGCGCAGGACACCGUUUCAUCUAAGAGACAAAGUAGCAAACGAAAUCGAAAAACUCCUAAAAGAAGACGUCAUCGAGAAAGUCGAGGACACCCCUACACCAUGGGUAUCACCCAUUGUUACACCACCAAAAAAAGAACCAGGAGCAAUAAGACUGUGCAUAGAUAUGCGCGAGCCCAACAAGGCGAUUCAACGCGAGAGACAUCAAAUGCCAACCAUUGAUGAACUUAUCAAUGAUCUUAACAGGGCUAAAGUUUUUAGCAAGCUAGACUUGCGCGCGGGUUACCAUCAACUCGAAUUACAUGAGGACUCAAGAUAUAUCACAACUUUUAGUACUCAUAUCGGCCUCUAUCGUUAUAAGAGACUUAAUUUUGGAAUAUGUUCGGCUUCAGAAAUAUUCCAAGAAGCCAUACACAACGUUAUUCAUGAUAUCCCUGGAGCAAAGAACAUUGCAGACGAUAUCAUAAUCUUUGGUACUAAUCAGAAACAACACGACAUCGCACUAGAGGCUACUCUCCAAAGACUCGAGAAAAAAGGCCUAACCCUGAAUAGGGAGAAAUGUGAGUUCAACAAAGAUGAAGUUGAAUUCUUCGGCUUGGUCUUUAACGCGAGCGGGGUAUCACCAGACCCGAAAAAGGUUGAUUCUUUGAAGAAAACACAAGCACCAGUCAAUGUAUCAGAAGUGAAGAGCUUUCUCGGCAUGAUGAACUACUCUGCGCGAUUUAUUCCUAACUAUGCCACGCUGAGUGAACCACUUCGACGUCUCACACGGAAUGACGCCACAUGGACCUGGUCCACUGAACAAGAAAAUGCAUUUAUACAACUUAAGCAAUCCUUAACAGCUGAUACCAUCAUUGCAUACUUUGAUCCCAGCAAAGAGAUCGAAAUAAUCGUCGACGCUAGCCCCGUUGGUUUAGGUGCCAUGCUGGAACAAGACGGAAGAAUUGUAGCGUUCGCAAGUAGAGCUCUCACUGACACUGAGUCUCGAUACAGUCAAACAGAGAGGGAAGCUCUAGCAAUUGUCUGGGCGUGCGAACAUUUCGAUAUGUAUGUGAGAGGAGCCAAGAGUUUUAAAGUGAUUACUGACCACAAGCCGCUUGAACGCAUUUGGCAAAAGGCAAAACCGCCACUACGAAUCGAAAGAUGGGGGUUAAGGUUGCAGCCGUAUAAGUUUUCUAUCGAGUAUCGCCCCGGUGAAAAAAACCCUGCGGACUACAUGUCCCGGCAUCCGGACGCAUCUGAAGCCAAAGCCACGUCGCGCGAGCAGAAGUUUGCAGAACAUUAUGUCAAUUUCAUUGCCGAAACAUCAACUUUUCCUGCUAUGUCACUUGAGGAAGUAAAGAGCGCUACAAGUCAAGAUAAGACUCUAAUGAAAGCCAUCGAGUAUGUACGCAACGGACGGUGGUUUGAAAUCAAGACUGUUUGUGAUUCAGAAGUGGAUAUCAAAGAAUUACAAGAGAUAAGCAAUGUUCGUGAAGAGCUUAGCUGUCUAGAUAACGUGCUUUUACGUGGAUACAAGAUUGUGUUACCGGCAAAGCUGCGCAACAAAGCAGUAUCUAUUGCACACGAAGGCCAUCAAGGGAUGAACAGGACAAAGUCUUUUAUCAGAUCAAAAGUAUGGUUUCCACGGCUGAACGAGAAAGUCGAACACACUGUGCAGAACUGUUUAGCUUGCCAAACUACAUAUGCGGGACCAGAACGAAUGGAACCUUUGAACAUGUCUGAAAUGCCUGAAAAAGCAUGGGAAAAUCUCAGCAUGGAUUUUUGCGGUCCCCUCCCAACGGGAGAGUAUCUGCUCGUCAUCGUCGAUGAGUAUUCUAGGUAUCCAGUGGUAGAGAUAACGAAAUCAGUCUCCGCAAAUGCUACGGUACCGGUUGUCGAUAAAGUGCUAUCAAUCUUUGGGUGCCCACAGGUUAUCAAAACUGACAAUGGCAGCCCGUUUAACUCCAAUUCAUUCGCGCACUUCGCAUCCUACAGCGGCUUCACCCACCGACGAAUAACUCCACGUUGGCCCAGGGCUAAUGCUCAGGCUGAAUCUUUUAAUAAACCACUGAUGAAAGCUGUGAGAGCAGCAACCGUUGAAGGAAAGUGCUGGAAGCAAGAGCUCCACAAAUUUUUACGUCAGUAUCGUGCAACCCCACAUCCAUCUACAGGAUUUAGCCCAUAUCAUCUUAUGUUCGGUCGUGCAUCUCAAACAAGAUUACCUCAAGUUACACCUCCCACCAAAGAGACCGAAAUUGAACACGAGGCAAGACGAAACGACAACCGAGCCAAGACCAACAUGAAACGAUAUGCGGACACGAGAAAACAUGCAACACCCUGCGACCUUAAAGUUGGUGACACAGUGUUGGUCAAGAAUGAGAAAAGACGGAAUAAGUUGGCUCCAUUUUACAGCGUCGAGCCACAUAUCGUCACUUCGAAGAACGGAAGCAUGGUUACAGCUAGGGCAAACGACAAGCAAAUUACCCGCAACACAUCAUGUUUCAAAAAGGCUCCCGAGCUUAGCUACCAAAAGGAAGAAAGACCAACAAAAUCAGACAAAAAAACUUCGGAAAGUGAUAAUCAUCAACCGAAUAACGGCGUGGACAACGGUAACGAACCGUCAGGAAGCAAUCGCACAUUAACAAGUAACAAAUCUGAUACAGCCACUCCGACAGCGCCAGAAGGAGGAGAAGUAAGAGUGGGACAGCGCCCUACACGUACUCGGAGAGAACCAGCUCGUUUAAAGGACUUUGUACGAUAUUGAUAGUCAAUUCAGUUAACACGAAAACGAUUACUUAUUAAUACUAAUACAGUUUAAUGACUCUAGAUAGCACGGACUGAGUGAUUCGAACUGUGCUGUCUCACUGCGUUGAGAUUUACAGUGUAAUUUAUUGUUGACAUUGGGGUUGUUCUGUUCAAAGUUAUGUUAAAUAUCCAACUAGUUUUGGGGAGGGAUGUAGUGUCCAGUAACACUCGGUGAAGUGAGCCCGCGAGGACGGGGUACGAACGUUCAUAGUACGUUUUUAGAUCUGGAUUGUUGACGUUAAGUUUAUCGGGAAUUUAUGUGAAUUUAAAGCAAUAAAGUGAGACCUUUACAAGUAUUUGAUUGGCUUCGCACAAGACACAAGUAUUUGAUUAGCUUUGCUAUUUCCAUUUUGCAACAGAGUAUAAACAUAUUUAACUAUAUAAUAAUUAAUAUAUAUGUGCCUUUAUUACAACAUAUUCAUAUAAAUCAUAUAAUUCGUAUUUGCAUGUGUAUUACAUAUAAAUUAAAUUAUUUUUAGAACUAAUCGAGUUGGUGACUGACACGCACUACAAGUCAGUGCUUCGCAAACGAAUCGCCCAUUCGCAUAUUAUAAUAUGGAGAGGUCUUACAAGAUACACUUGCAGAUUAUGAUCCUACAUCAUAGGGUUGGGACGUUACCUCUCUUAUAAAAGGUAAAAAAUAUGAAAUAUAUAUAGUGAAAUAUAUAUGAAAUAUAAUAUAUAUAUACACUCACGACCUUCCAUUAUAUGCAUUGGUUGAUUAAUCAUUGUUCUUAUUUUCUUAAGUUUCUGAUAGUAAAAGAACAACUUACAUUGAAAAAGAGGAGAGUGUCGACAAAGGGCAUGAUACUAAGAUACCAGGCUUGGCUGAUACAGAAGGUACAGUACAUAUUAAUAUAUAUUAAUUAUAUGUAUUGGCUAUUUGUCCUGGUUUUAUUCAGAGGGGAAUUUUUUGGGACACGCUGUACAUACAAUCAACAUGCCUUUCCAAUAGCACUUCUAUCAAUAAUAUUGUGACAUGCACUCAUGUACAAACCUCAAAUUUACCUUUGUACUAAUACCAGCCGAGUUGUGAAUGGCUUCAUUAUCUUUAAGAUAAUAUAAUAUUUUUAAUUUACAUGCAGAUGGAAUUAUAGCGUAUGGCCACAGGAAAUGGUAGGAAUAGACGGUGAUAAAUACCUCGUAAUUGCUUGCCUAUCUACAUAAUGUUGUUCAUCGUAAACAUUACCCAACUUGGAUCGUAUCAGUGUAUUGUGAAAGUUAACGACAAAGAAGAUACAAGAGGGUUUACCGUGAUGAUAAUAACUAUACUCCUACAUAUUGCCCCAACAUAGAAAAGUAUAAAAUACGCAUAUACAGUAUAUGUGUUGAAUUGUCGAUAGCUUUUUUAGUGCAGAGGUCAUAUGACAUGUGCCUUUUUGUGAGGAUGCAAAUUUAAUUGAAUGAGAGAUUAAUAAAAUUAAUAGAGUGUAAACUAUCAAGGUGCAGGGGCGGAUCUAGGGGUUGUCAAACCAGUCACGCGACUAACGUAAAAAUUGCAAACUUAAUUAAAGUCUUAAAUAUUCGACCAAUAGUCCAGUUAUUUUUUAUCAUGCAGCGACACCUUAUAAUAGUCCAGUAUCUAUUAUCAUGUAACUGUAGUCCAGUUAUCAAAUUUCAUACAGUGGUUGAGCCGACGAGCUUAGUCAAGUCAAUGAGCAGCUGACAUACGCAAACUUGGUCAGUCAAAAAGUCAAAAUCCAGUGUUUUGAUUGGUCUAGACGCUUAUUGCCAUGGUAACAAGCGAUUUUUUGCGAUUUUGACUGAUCUGUGGGGAGUUCUGACCGAUAUACAAAAGUCAGGGGCGCUCCAUUAGUCGGAAUAUCAUUAAUAUUUGACGCGUGAUAAAGUCUUUCCGAGCGCACGCUCAUUCGAAGUGUCAUGUUGUAGCUUUGUCGAAAGAUUCAAUUUAAAGAUAUCUACGGAAAAUUCGGCAAUGUCUGCUGCUCCAGAUUCCAGUCCUUGUAGUAUUCACGAAACGGUUCGAUCCACAUUUGCAGUGAAUGAUUUAGCUGUCUUACAAGACUGUUGCGCUGAUCUUGGGAGGAAAAUCAACGCUAAAUAUCGGAGAGUUCCAUUCAGUGAACAGUUGCUAAGCAGCGUAAGCGCCAUGAAUAGCACAAACUACAGUUUGACUGUUUGAGUAGAAGUAUUGGCGCCGAGAUCUUUAUUCUGAAGUGCAAUAAGGUAAAUUUAAUGUGAUAUGUAAAUUUUAUUUCAUUUUUGACAGCAUAACAAUAUUUAUAAGCAAACAAGAUGCGCGCCAUGCAUAUGUAAAAUAUGCAUGGCGCGCAUCUUGAUUUAGAUUUAGCUGUGAAUUUUGAUUUACACAACAAAUUUGCAUAUUUGUAAUUCUGCGGUUGAAGGUCCGUCAGAACUCAGUGAUUUGCUAGUCAAGUGAUCAAUGACUCAACAAGGCUAUUAGGCAACAAAAAUGAAUGUAGUACUAUCAUGAGAUAGUUAAACAUAAUACUAGCAAUCCGUAAUUUGAUAAAAUGAAACAUCUUCCACAAUUAUCACAUUUCUGCAAGUACUUCUCCUUUACUUUUCCCUAAGGAGCAAGUUGUGAGAGUCAGUCAGACUGAUAGUUGCUAUAAUUAUCUCCCAUUUCAUGAAGUUAAUUUUUUGUUGAAGCAGCUUUCAGAGUGAUGCAAAUUGCGUUUCGGAGGUUCAAAAAUAUAAAAAUUCCUGGGGGACAGACCCCCCCUAGGUGCCUUGCGCAUUCGCCGCCCGCAAAACUAGAUUGUAGUAUUGUACAUCCGAAAACUUUGACUAACGUACAAAAAAUCCUGGAUCCGCCCCUGUGGGCAUGUAAAUGGCAAUGUUUAGCUAUACUAUAUUAAUUUUGAUAUUAUGUGAUAUAUUAUCAUGCAAUAUUAAUAUAACAGAAAAUAUAAUGCCAAGGAGAACGAUUGCAUGCAUAUGUUGUUAACUAACUAAAAUUCUAAGUAAGUGAUAAGUUAUGUUCUAAAUAAUAAAUAUAUGUAGAUUAUCUUUAAUGCAUUAUUUUAAUGAAUGGACAGUUUCAGAAAGCUUGAAAUAAGGAACUAUAGAGCGUUUGCACAUGACACCAUAGCCAUCAUGUUGGUGUUCCAAUUACAAAAAAAAUAAUUAGACUUUUUUGUAUGAAGCACUAACAUGGUCACCAUGGCUGUUGUUAAGUUGGUCUCUGGGGAAUGAGUGCAAACAAUCUAUAUGCUCUUUGUACAUCCUUGCAUGGGAUAUUUAAGUUAUUUCGUUUAAUCAUUUUCAAGGAAAUUACAUCAUCCCAAUCUAUUACUUCUAGUAGGUUAUUACAAAAUUAAAGAUAAGCUGUGGCUUAUAUCUCCAUUCAUUAACAGUUUAGAUUUGGAAAAACUUAUUUUUGGUAACCUUCCGCCAUUUCAGGUAUAAUAAUUAGUUAUAACCCAUUUUUAAAAAAUGACAGCAAGCAGCAUGACCGGUUAAAUCAGGAUCAGGUGGAGGGGAGGAUGAAUAUGUGUGGCUAGGCAGCUGGUCCACACAGAUUGGCACACAGUGGGUCAGUCUGUGUGGGCCUGUGGCUAGACAGGCCCACAUAGAUUGGCACACAGAUUGGCUAGGCAGCAUUGCUGUUUCUUCUAGGCGAGGGAAUUGAUGAGUAGCCUGCCAGAGAGUAUGAGUAAAAUUGCUGUAAAUAUGUAGCACUGGAUAGUAAAUAUGCGAAAUUAGGCUUUAACUUAUUAUAGUACUACAGGUGCAAGGCAAUAAGAUGUAUACAGACUACAGUGAUGACUAUUAAUAAAUUACUUCUGGAAAAAAUUAAAUAGAUCCCACCUUGAUUUGGGAUUCCCGCAGGGAAAUGGUGUUUUAAAAGCUCUGAUCCCAAGAGAGCUUUGUUGUUAUUGUGUAUGCAUUGUAGGAACAUAUUGUGGAAUGCAUUCUUUUGUACAAUCAGAAUUUCCUUGCUAUCAAAAUGUAAACAAGGCAAGCGGACUAUGUGGUGAAAUCAUAUAACAAAUACAAUAGGGCUUGCCUUAUGAGUUAUGUUGUUUAGAUUCCAUGUAUUUGAUAUAAAUUUACACUGUGUUCAUUGAAUUUUGAUCUUUUAGCCUACCUUUAGGUUUAUGCUUUUAUUACUGUACAAAAUAAUGUGUGGGAAGCCAUUUGUUUUACUGUAUUUCAUUUUUUAAAUAUUUGAAUAACUUAGCUUACAUAUCAAUGAACUGAAAUUCAGUCAAUCAUAAUUGUCUGCCGCUGGCUACCAAAAGUGAUCAAUUUUACCAGGGCUUUUGGGCAGUCCCUUCCUCAAUUUUCUCCUCUAGAAGAACUGUUAUAGAAGAGUCAGUGAAGCUGGAUAAUUUGUACCUGGAUAAAGAAGAUUAUUACUAUAACCAAAAACAAACGUUUUCUUUACUUGUCCCCAUGUAAAGCAUUGUUGAUCAUAACGAUAAAUGCCGUCAUGGAAACGAUUGACUCGUACUAAUACUGUAAUAUCAUAGCAUGCAACUUACAAGCCUGUAUUUGCAUGCAAAAGCUAUAAUUCACCAAGACCUAAAGCCAGCUAAUAUUUUGGUAAGUAAUUAUGUACCCAUGAUAUGACAUUAACGGAAAAUAUUAAUAAUUUGCUUGUUAUGUUACUCUGAGUGUGUAUCCACACCGGGCAGGCUUGAAAAAUAUGCCUGGCCACGGUGAGUAUCGAACCUAUGACCUUUGGAAUACUAGUCCAAUGCUCUGCCAACUGAGCUAUGCGGUCAGGUCGGUUCGAGAUGCUAUAUUUUGGAACUGAGUCUAGUUCCUUUAAUAUCAAUGUAAUCUAAUAAUUAUGAUAUAUUUGUUGUGUUGGUGUAGUGUACUCAGGUGAAUAAGAUGCUUGUGAUGUUACUCUGAGUGCGUAUCCACACCGGGCAGGCUUGAAAAAUAUGCCUGGCCACGGUGGGAAUCGAACCUACGACCUUUGGAAUACUAGCCCAUAAUUAUUAGAUCACAUUGGGUGUGUAUGUUACUCUGAGUGUGUAUCCGGUGUGGAUACACACUCAGAGUAACAUCACAAGCAUCUUAUUCACCUGAGUACACUACACCAACACAACAAAUAUAUCAUAUUAAUAACUUACUGACUGAUGAGGGCAUGUAUGUAUUUACAAAAUAUUUUUUCAUUAAUUUUAUGCUAUAUGUCUUAUGGUAGGUUAUUAAUUAGAAGGUUCAGAUUUCACUACCACUACCAAUGCAUCUGAUAGGUUAAUCGGAUCUAUCAAAAGUGUCUGACUGGUUAAUAAUCCUCUGUAAUGUUUGACAUUUACAGGUAGAAAAGAGAACAUAGGUUGUAUAAUAAUGCAGUUAGCCUAAUUAAGAGAGGAUGUCCACAAAAAUCAAACAUAAGGCGGCCACAACGGAAAAAUCGAUUUUGCUCAAAUUUUCCCAGAUAUACCUUAUUAUAUCGGAAAAUGCACCAUAUAUUUUUUUAGGUCAAAUGCUUUUUUAACUUUGAGAAAAUGCCGUUUUAACACGACCACCCUAAAUCGCCAUUUUGUCUGGGAAAAUAUGCGCUGAUUUUACAGAUAAAUUUCACGACGACAACCGUUUCUAAUCGAUCUAAAACCCUAAAAAUCUUGUUUUCAGUUAUUCAAAGGACUGUGUACAUGACUUACAGGAAAUCUGAGUUACUUUUAGGAAUAGAAAUAAUCGUAGUUUUGGAGCACACUAUCUUACCUCAUUUACGAUACCCUCUUAACAAAACCGAUUUUCACCAUGGGAUAAAGCUCCAAAUCGAUCAUGCUUCUACUAGUUGGCUCUUUAAUAAACAGGCUUUCAAUUGACGUAAAUACUUCUUUGGGCAAAUGAAUACGCGAUAAACGACAGCGCGUUGAAAUCGUCCGUUUUUGACGUCUUGCAAGUCAAACGCUGUUAAUUUACAUACCGUCGAAGUAAACAAUUUAAUCAAGUAUUUUAAGUAUUUUACCUUUUGAUAAGAAGAUAUAUUCUUGAAUGGAGACUUUUUGCCUUGCUAAGUUUAAAAUUGAUCCAGAAAUCCCGAUAUAUUUGUGAAAUAUCAUCAUAUACAGGUAUUUUGAGAUAUAAUAUUGUUGUCAGUUGCAUGAUAACUUCAGAUCACUGUUCAAUAGUGUCUACUUUUAAUAGCGCUAACAUACAAAUCGAUGAGCUGUUUAGGGAUUAUAUUUGUUACUAAAUUUAUCAAAAUAAUUAGAACUACAACUGCUGUUUUCAGAAGUUUUGUUCCAUUUUGUCCAUAUUAUUAAAUUAAUGUACCAGUUAUGUAUCGACUAUAAUGUUUACGAAGACGUAAGUUAAUUAUUAAGCAGGUGUUAGCGUGCGUGACAUGAAAUGAACGUUUAUCAAUAUGUUUAUCAAUUUUUAGUUUACCAGCCCUUAUAUUUGAAUAGCCGAAUUCAUACGCGAAACUCGUCUUAGACGGAAACUCGUCUGUCAAAACCCACCUGAAUAUGAAUUUAGGGACGGAUAAAUUCGAAUUUAAGACGAGUUUCCCGUCUAAUACGAGUUUCCCGUCUCUAAUAUGAAUUCGGCUAAUGUGUGUUAAAACUGCAAGGUCAUUAAAUCUCAUUAAAAUCCCACAGACCACAACGAUUAUACGUAUUGAUUGUUUUCUUGACGAUAGUAGACGCGUACGGAUGCAUGUCGCAUAAGAGGUUAUUUCGCUGGCCUCAGAAUGACAAAACGUAACAAAGCUUUACACUAACCCUAUUCCAAACACCAACUUUAUAUUAAAAAUGCUAGAUGCGCGACCAGGAUUCAUAAUAAAGUUUCUGAAACGUUCUCUGAUCGUAAAUUUUUUAUUUGAAACACAAGCUUUCGACUGCCAGUCUGCAGUCUUCGACAGGUAAAGUGAUAAUAAACUAUUCUAUACGGAUAUAGCUACAAGGACAGUGGUUUACAAUUACAAUUAUAAUGACAUGCAAUAUAACAAUGAUUAGUUCCGCCUACGCAAACUCUCAGUGAAACGA